AUAAGAAAAUUAAUUAUUUAUUAAUUAAUUCAAUUUGUUUACCCUAACUUCUCUCACUUUCCCUCCGUCCCUCACCGCUGUUCACAGCUUGUUCGGCUAAUACUCUCUUCCGCCAUACGCCGUCGUCUCUUCAACAGUUAAGGAUGGUGGUUGUUUUGGCUUCAUCCUCUGAUGCUGGUGGUGGGAUUGGAUGUUGGGAUCUUCAUACAGGUUCUGAGCAGAUCCGCUACAAAUCACUUUCUUCCCCUUGUCAUGGACUUACCUCUGUUGGUGAUCGUUUCCUUGCAUCUUCUCAGCUUCGAGACACGGCGACUUCUGCUGGUUCUGUUUUCUUCUGGUCUUGGUCCAAGCCUCAAGUUGAAGUUAAGAGCUUUCCAGCCGAACCUAUUACACCUCUUGCUUCUAAUCACAGUGGCACCUAUCUAGUUGGUGGUGGAUUGUCAGGUGACAUAUACUUGUGGGAGGUUGAAACCGGAAAAUUACUUAAGAAGUGGCAUGGUGAUAAUACAGCUGUUACUUGCUUGGUAUUUUCUGAAGAUGACUCACUUCUAAUAUCUGGUUUUAAAAAUGGAAGCAUACGAGUUUGGUCUCUCUUAAUGAUAUUUGAUGAUGUGAGAAGACAGGAAGCAAGCAAGAUUUACGAGUAUAGUUUUUCAGAACACACCUUGUGUGUAAAUGAUGUUGUGAUUGGUUAUGGAGGGUACAAUGCAAUUAUAGCUUCAGCAUCAGAUGAUCGGACCUGUAAGGUAUGGAGCUUAUCUAAUGGAAUGCUUCAAAGAAACAUUAUAUUUCCUUCAAAAAUUAAAGCCAUUGCACUUGAUCCUGCUGAACAUGCCCUUUAUGCUGGCGGUGAAGAUGGAAAAAUAUAUAUUGCUGCACUUAACACCACAAAAAUCACUACUAAUAACCAUGUUUCAUAUAUCACUGGUUCAUUUUCUAACCAUAGCAAGGCAGUUACUUGCUUAGCAUAUAGCGCCGGCGAAAAUUAUUUAAUAUCUGGAUCUGAUGAUGGAAUAGUUCGAGUUUGGAAUGCCAGUACUCAUAAUAUCAUCCGUGUGUUUAAACAUGCUAAAGGACCAAUUACAAAUAUUCUUGUUCUUAGCCCAGAAAAUGAUUCAAGUAAUCAUGUGUCUUCUAAUUUACAAGUAGCCUCAAAAAAGAAGGGAGCUCAAUUUCCUCCUUUGGAAAAAUAUACAAAUUCAAUAGAUGAAGACUCGGAUAUAAAGACUAUUGUCAGUCUUGGGGGUAGCAAGAGAUGCAUGGAUGAGGUUUCAUACCUUAGUUCUCAUGUGAUUUCUAGUUACAGUAAGGAACUUCAGAAUCAAGGUUCGGCUGCUGCUUCUGAAAUGGAGAUAGAGAAACUAAAACGUGAUUGCCAAAAGUCAAUGCAGAUGGUUAACCAAUGGAAGAAAAUGUAUGAUAACCUGCAUCAAUUUUGUGUAAAGGAGCUGCUAGACGAAAAUGCGAAAUAAGACAUGUUAUUCUAAUCAUGCAAGUUUUCAAUCUUUGGGAUAGAAUUUUGUAGCAUAUCUCUAGCAUCACAAGGUUCCCUCUGCAGUUUUGUCCUUCUUCUGCUAUGUCUGGAUAUGCGUUUAACAAUGAUUCCUGGCGUUUCAAGGAGUUCUUGCCGUGACUUUUAUGAAGCUAUCUUUUGUAGCUUCAGCAAAAUCGUGGUUUUUUUUUUGUUGUAAUUGGAUGCUAUUCCAAAUGUAUGCUUCCUCUUAUUAUUAUUUAUUGAUAAGUAAUUUGUUUGGUUCCUUACUCUAUAUUGUUUUAAAGCCUCUCAGCCUUCAUGUUUUACUUUGAGAUUCUUCAUCCCUUUUGUUGGGGAGUUUGGAGAGUGUUAUAUGUACACUACUACAUCUACUUAAAAUACAUUUAGUGCAGUGACUCAUUUUUCUUA